AUGGAGAAAGUUGUUUCUAUAGAGAAUGUUGUGAGGUCUGAGUCGGAUGUUCUGUUGGAAUCUUCAGAGCGUGUGGAGGUCGGGGGUGAACAUGGUAGUGUGAAAGAAGGAUUUUAUCUUUUGCGCUUUGGGCAUGUUGAGUCUUCAGCUAUUGGUUCUGGUGAGGAAAGUCCUGAAUUUGGUUAUGGUGAGAACAAGUUUCGUGAUGCCUGUAUAGCUGCUAGUAAAGCUUUGGGGGUGCAAGACGCGAGGGAAUUGGUUGAUGGUGUUGGUAAGUUGGAAGAAGCGCCGAAGGAUGGCAUCGAUCAUGGGACAAUGGUUGAUGAGGCAUUAGAUGGCUUUGCGUCACUGGAUUAUAUAUAUGUACUUGGUUUGGAAGGGUUGGGUGUGGAGAAAUUGAAGCAUAUGGUGCAAGCCCGUGGUGACACCCGUCCCUCUUGA